AUGGAGAGCCGUAUUGAUACGAGGCGGAAGGACUUUAAGAAGUCGUUUGAGGAUCCGUUGCGUUUGCGUGAGAGUGAGCAGGUGCAGAUCCGUAAGGCGGCCCGUGAGGCUCGUUUGAAUAAGAAGAGGAUGGAAGCAUCGCCGGCGCCGGGUGUUGUAUCUCAAGAGGCUAGUUCAGUGACGAGUAUACCAGUGGAGGUAUGUGAGGCAUUGGCAUCAGAUGAUAGAGAUCGACAGUGUGAGGCAGCGAAGGAGAUUCGCCACAUGUUGUCGUUACAUUCCAAUCCACCUAUCCAGCCAGUGAUUGAUGCUGGUUUGGUACCUCGAUUUAUGGAGUUGCUUCGCAUGGAUUCAAGGCCAGAUGUGCAAUUUGAAGCGGCAUGGGCGUUGACUAACAUUGCGAGUGGUGAUUCUGCUCAGACGAGUGCAGUAGUACAAGCGGGUGCGAUACCUGAGUUUGUGAGAUUGUUGGAUUCUGAGCACCUACAGGUUAAGGAACAGAGUGUUUGGGCGCUGGGUAACAUCGCUGGGGACUGCAGACAGUUGCGUGAUGCUGUAAUUCAGGCAGGUGGUUUCUUCCCUAUUUUGCGCGAACUAAGACAAACGGAUCAGACGAGUAGGAUGUAUUUGUUGCGUUAUGCUACAUGGACGUUGAGUAACUUUUGUAGAGGUCCGAUGGCUGAGCCGUAUGAGAUUGUUCGUGAAGCUUUACCAGUUCUUCGUUCACUUCUAUACUCUAAUGACCCUGAAAUAAUCACAGACGCAUGUUGGUCAAUCAGUUACAUGAGUGAUACUAAUAAUGGACCCAAUAGUAACGUCAUUAAUGAGAUCAUCCGCAACGGAGUUUGCGGCAGACUUGUAGAAUUAUUAAGUCAUCGUUCACAUCUCGUUCAAACACCUGCAUUACGAGCUGUAGGUAAUAUUGUCACUGGUGACGACACACAGACACAAACUAUGAUAAGCUACGGCUGCAUACCGAAACUUAAGGAACUGCUUACAGCCUCGAUGAAACCUAUACGCAAAGAAGCAUGCUGGGCUCUCAGCAAUGUAACAGCUGGAAAUAAAACUCAGAUCCAGGAAGUUAUUGAAGCUGGAGUUCUACCUGUUAUAGCACAAGCACUAGCCAAUGAUGACUAUGAAGUACGCCGGGAAGCAGCCUGGUGCGUCGCUAAUGCCGCCUCUGGUGGCGCUGAACAACAGGUACGAGCUGUUGUUGAUGCCGAAUGCAUUGGACCACUUGUAUCUGUUCUCGACGCAAUCGAUCCAAAAGUCGCUGGCAUUGCUCUCGAAGCCAUUGAAAACAUACUCAAGGUUGGCAAAAAACGUCAAAUAGACGAAAACCUACCUUGCAACCCUUAUGCUGAAAAACUCGAAGAGGCAGAAGCAUUCCCUAAAUUAGAAAAACUACAAUUCAUUGGCAAGACCACCAUACAAACUAGAGCCAUACAUAUCAUGACAGAAUACCUCGAAGCAUACGUAGAUGAACCUGCCAGACCAACUGGCUUCGGUGGUAUGGCCAAUUAG